CUCACUAUAGCUAUCACCCUACUCUUACAUAUCUCAAUAUCACAUACACACUCAUAUCCCACUUCACUCUUUCAAUUUCUCUUUUCACCAUCCUUCAUCUCCUUCCUACACCAUAAAAUUAAAGUAAUUAAAAAUAAAUAAGAAAUAUUGAAGGAUGGUGAAGUUUUCAAAGGAGCUAGAAGCGCAACUAAUACCGGAAUGGAAGGAGGCAUUCGUCAACUACUGGCAGCUCAAGAAGCAAAUUAAACGGAUCAGGCUUUCAAAGCUUCCAACCAACCCACCGCACACCGCCCAAUUAUUCGCCGGAGUUGACUUCGGCCGCUCCAUUUUCGAUUCACUUCGCUCCAUUGCCGCCAACCUUGCCGACAACCUUCGACCUUCCUGUGAUGACCACAACCUCACCGUCAUUCAGGUGAGGAGGAAAACCGUGAAAGGUAGCGAAGAAGAAAUAUAUGAAACAGAACUUGCGCAAUUAUUUUCGGAGGAGGAUGAGGUACGUGUGUUUUUUGAGAGUCUUGAUGAAGAGCUAAACAAGGUAAAUCAAUUUUACAAGAAGCAAGAGAGUGAGUUCAUGGAGAGAGGAGAUACCUUAAAUAAACAGCUUCAAAUUCUGCUUGAUCUCAAGACAAUCAUCAGCAACCGCCGCUGGAAAAGUUCUAAUCCAUCUUCUAAUUCCGCCAGUUUCUCUCAUUCUCCUUCGCGCAAUUCUGAUUAUUCCGAAAGGUUUGGUGGGGAAUCAGACGAAACGAAUUCAGAAGUGUCAUCGCAGACGGAAGAAGUAAUAACGACAUUGGAGAAGAAUGGAAUAAACUUGGUGAAUUCAGGGAUGAGAGGGAAAAAGACAAAGAAGGGGAAGCCCAAAAUGGGAAUGAGAAUCGACGUGCCAGCAACCAAUCCGACCCGGGCCAUAACCGCCAUAACCAGCAUGCUCUUGGAGGAUUUGGUUAACAACCCAACUACUUCUGGCGGUGACUUCAUCUUCAAAAGGAAGAUUCAGAGCGCUGAGAAAAUGAUUCGAAGUGCCUUUGUUGAACUCUAUCGUGCCCUUGGCCUCCUCAAAACUUACAGCUCACUGAAUACAGUAGCAUUUUCAAAGAUACUCAAGAAGUUUGAUAAGGUGUCUUGCCAAAAAGCUUCAGCAAAUUAUUUGAAAGAAGUGAAGAGAUCUCAUUUCGUUAGUUCUGAUAAGGUUGUUAGACUAAUGGAUGAAGUGGAAUCCAUAUUCACAAAGCACUUUGCCAACAAUGAUAGGAAAAAGGCAAUGAAGUUUUUAAGACCUCAACAAAAUAAAGAUUCUCAUAUGGUCACCUUCCUUGUCGGGUUAUCUACAGGUUGCUUUGUAUCCUUGUUUUGUGUAUAUGCAAUCUUGGCCCAUUUGUGUGGUAUAUUCUCUCCAAGCAAAGAGCCAAGAUAUAUGGAAACAGUUUACCCUGUCUUCAGUGUGUUUGCAUUGCUAAGCUUGCACUUGUUUAUGUAUGGAUGCAACCUGUUCAUGUGGAAGAGGACAAGAAUCAAUUACAAUUUCAUAUUUGAAUUCUCACCAACCACAGCACUCAAGCACAGAGAUGCAUUCCUCAUAUGCACUACUCUCAUGACAACGGUGGUUGGAGCAAUGGUUAUACACUUACUCUUAAGAGCUGCAGGAUUUUCGCCUUCUCAAGUUGAUGCCAUUCCUGGAAUUCUUCUUUUGGUUUCCAUAAUGCUGCUCAUUUGUCCUUUUGAUUUUUUCUAUCGCCCCACUCGAUAUUGCUUCAUCCGUGUUCUUCGUAACAUAGCUUGCUCUCCAUUUUAUAAGGUUCUACUAGUAGAUUUUUUUAUGGCUGACCAACUAACUAGCCAGGUAUAAUCCUGUUAAGAAACUACAAGUUGUCGCUUUUUCGCUACGAUUUUCAAAACACACAAUCCUGAGGCCUGCCAUUCUGGAAGGCUAUACCUGGAAAUAACUUAUAUCAUCUCAUUCAUGCCUUAUUAUUGGCGUGCGUUGCAAUGUGCAAGAAGGUGGUUUGAUGACAGUGAUGUUAAUCAUUUGAAGAACAUGGGAAAGUAUGUUUCAGCAAUGGUAGCAGCAGGGGCUAGAGUAACAUAUAGCAGACAAGAUAACCAUCUAUGGUUUGUUAUAGUCUUGAUCACUUCCACUGUGGCCACAGUUUAUCAAUUAUACUGGGAUUUCAUCAAGGAUUGGGGGUUUCUUAAUCCUAACUCCAAAAAUCCCUGGCUUAGAGAUGAUCUAAUUUGGAAGAAUAAAAGCAUAUACUAUAUGUCUAUUGCCUUAAAUGUUGUACUAAGAUUAACAUGGGUGGAAACUAUCCUGCAUUUUAAAGUGGGGCGAGUUCAAUCGCGUCUACUCGAGUUUCUGUUAGCUUCACUUGAGGUUAUUAGAAGAGGCCAUUGGAAUUUCUACAGGUUGGAGAAUGAACAUCUAAACAAUGUUGGUCGUUACCGCGCAGUGAAGACGGUGCCAUUACCGUUCCGAGAGAUGGAUUCCGACUAAGAUAUCUGUGGAGGCCAUGUUCUUAUACAUGUAAAGGUCUUAGAGACAUGCUGACAUAAAAAAGAUGCAAGGACUAGUUGAAAGGGAUUCAUAUUUUAAGCAUGUGAGGUCCCUCGUAAUUCAUAUGAUUACUCAAUUGAAUUGUGAAUACCAUCAAUUGCAAUGCCAAAUGUGCACCUCGAAUAAUAAUAUUUCAUGUAAAUUGGAUAAAUGGAUUUCAAAUUUUGGAA